AGGUUAAACAUUGAUGGAGGAGGGUGAUUAUGAGUUUCAGAUGCUACUUUGGUGGGGCAUAUAUGUGGCUUCAUUGCCUGUUCUUAAAGGUGCAGAGUACCUUGUCAUAGUUGGACCAAUCUUUCUCACUUUGCUGCUUUUCUUCGUUAGCGGCAUACCAUUACUCGAGGAAUCGGCAGACAAAAAGUACGGUAACUUGGGAGCUUAUAGACACUAUAAGAAGACAACCAGUCCCCUGAUUCUGUUACCGCGAGGAGUGUACGGGUACUUACCAAGGUGGUGCAAAACAGUCUUUCUCUUUGAGUUUCCAUUGUACAGCAAGAAUCUCCCUCAAGAAACUACAGUCUGGGAUAGAGGAAACUCAAAAAAGAAGCAUUGACUGAGGGAGAUGAUUACAGUCUGUACUCACAUGUUCUGUGUUCUCUCAUGAUCAAACUCUCUUUUGUAUAGAUUCUCAUUCUGUCUUCAGAUAAUUGUUGAAACGUGAUUGAUACAUUGAUUGAGAAUACAAUAAAGAUUCAAAUCAAGCUCCAAAAAUGUUGAAAGGAGGAA